UCUUUUGACAGUAAUUAAAAGCGAUGAUGAUUGAGUCACUUGCUUCUCCUUCUAUACCUCUUCUACCAUGCUCUGUUUUUCUCUCUCUCCAUCAUUUCUUACCAAUUCCAAUUCCAAUUCUUCAAAAUCAAUUCAAAAAUCCCUUCUUUUUUUACUCUUAGGAUCCACCAUGAAUGCUUAUUAGUCUCUGUUUUUUUUUCCAUUACUUUUUCUCUCUCUCUUUUUAUUCACCUCUCGUGCUCUUCUUGUAUCAUCAUGACCCAGUUUCUUCACUUUUUUACCCCACCCACCCCCUCUUCUGCUUCUUCUUACUCUGCUCUAUUGUACAGCUGAUCCACACCCCGACCCCCUCUCCAAAACCCCACCUUGACCCCCUUCUGCUUUUUGACCUACUCCCCUUUCCACCCUCAGUUCUAGGGUUUCCUUUUUUACUUCUUGAUCCUUUGUGUUCCGCUCUUCCUCUUCCUGCUCCUGCUCCUCUCUAGCUCUCUUCUCAAACACCCUUUUCUUGUUUUGUAUAUACCUAUAGAUUUUCACCAUCUUUUUGGCCAUUUUUAGGGGGGGGGGGGGGUUUGUUUAUACGAGGUGGGGUUUCCACUGGAUCAACUUUAGCAUAACGUGAAAUAGCUUCUGUUUUCUGGUCUACCUAGUUCUCCUGUAUCUUCUUAAUCAAAUUGGGUUGUCGGUUUAUGGCGUAUCAACAGCAGCCACCAGCUCAGGGUUCAGGUUCCUCUGCUGCAGGUAGUGGGGUUCCAUUCUUUAAUUCUCCUUUUGGGGACACCACCUUCACUAAGGUCUUUGUUGGAGGUCUUGCUUGGGAAACUCAGAGUGACACCCUCAGACGAUACUUUGAGCAGUUUGGUGAAAUCCUCGAGGCUGUUGUUAUCACUGAUAAAAAUACUGGCCGAUCCAAAGGCUAUGGCUUUGUGACUUUCCGGGAUCCUGAGUCUACGAGGAGGGCGUGUGCUGAUCCUGCUCCAAUUAUUGAUGGGAGGCGGGCAAAUUGUAAUUUGGCUUCGUUAGGGCGACCUCGGCCUUCUGUGCAAUUUGGACGUCUGAGGUCAUCAACUCCAUUUCCAGCAGGUUUACCAGCUGCUCGGGGUGCUUAUGCUGGAAGCUUUGGCUACCAGCAACCGGUUUCUUAUGGCUACCAACAAGGCUUGAUGUAUUCUCCCUAUGGGUAUGCAACAUAUGGUGCGGAUUACGUUUACCCUCAGGGUGUUUACAAUCCUUAUGGAGGUCAACAGUACCUUCCUAUAUAUGGUGUACCUGGAACUGUUAACGCAACAAUGUAUCCUUACGGCCAGCUAAGUCAGGCUGUUCCUGGAAGUCACAGUUAUACGACAUUGCAGGGUUAUGCAGUGCCAGGACAUCAGAUUCUUCAAUUUGGUGGACCCGGUGUCAAUGCAAUGACAGCUUCAUCCAUUCCAACUAUUCAAGCACCAUACCAAACAGGUGUUGGAGCGCCUGUUACACCACAGCCACAGUUUAUACUACCUACUCAUUCUCCUCAAUUUAUGCAAGGUAGCGGUUCUGACCAAAAUGCAGGGUGAGAUUUUAUCAAGGUACUAGAUUGCAGCAGGACUAACAGCAGCAGUAUUGCUACUUGAGAGGCGGGCUUUUAAUCUAGCCUUGCAAAUUAUUCACUUUGCAUUCUAGAGGUUAUAAAAAGUCAUACCCACCAUGAGAGCUCAAUGUCUGAGUCGCUCCUGAUGAUUGAGUGAGGAAACAUGGAAGUCGCGGAUUGCACUUCCUUUAACAUCAUGUAUCUAGGCCCUUGCAUUCUGCUGGUGUCGGGAUAACUGGCAGAGAGUCAGUGUCGUCAUGCAUUGGAGGGAUGCUGGAAUAGGUUUCUGGCUCCCUCCCCGUAGCAAUAAACUUUGUAAAAAAUUCAUCUCAGAAUCAACCUAUGAUUCUUUUAUAGUCAAAAACUCCCAGAAUAUGCUUUUGGGUGUGUAGAUAGUCACUGUCUUGCGUGCUGGUGCAUCAUGCACUGUGUUUAAAAGUAUUCUCAAGUCUUGUGCAUAAAACAAACAAGCUUUAGUCUUAAAUUUCAGAUUCAUUCUGUAAUUUGGAUGUUUUAUUAAUGAUUCUUGAAGCAAGAAGCUUCAGGUCCAUAAGUUGUUAUCACCAAUCUUGGUGACAUGACCAUAAUUUGGAACAUUUUGGGUGGAAAGCAGUCUUGCAUUCUUGAUU